UAGUAAGGGGAGGAGGACUAAAUAGGGUUUAACACUUAACACGAGUUAGUAUGGGAACCUCAAUGAGAUGGAUUUAUGCAUUAGCAUUUUGCUUAAUUGCUAUCAAUGUUGCUGCUCAUGAUGACACUCCUUAUUAUGGAGGCAACUCUCCCUACCACCCAGCUUCACAGGCGGCGCCACCCGCACAUAAACCUCACCCACCUUAUCGGUACAAGUCUCCUCCUCCUCCAUCCCCAUACGUUUACAAGUCUCCACCACCACCUUCUCCCUCGCCACCUCCUCCCUAUUAUUACAAGUCUCCUCCUCCACCUUCUCCUUCUCCACCACCUCCAUACGUCUAUAAAUCACCACCCCCACCUUCUCCGUCACCACCACCUCCAUAUAUCUAUAAGUCACCACCACCUCCAUCUCCAUCACCACCUUCCCCAUAUGUCUAUAAGUCACCACCUCCACCUUCUCCAUCUCCACCUCCUCCAUAUAUUUACAAGUCACCACCACCUCCAUCCCCAUCACCACCACCUCCAUAUGUCUAUAAAUCUCCACCCCCACCAUCACCAUCACCACCACCUCCCUAUGUCUAUAAGUCGCCACCACCUCCAUCCCCAUCACCACCACCACCAUAUGUUUACAAAUCUCCUCCUCCACCAUCACCUUCACCACCACCUCCAUAUAUCUAUAAGUCUCCUCCUCCACCAUCGCCAUCACCACCACCUCCCUAUAUCUAUAAGUCACCACCACCUCCAUCCCCAUCACCACCACCACCAUAUAUGUACAAGUCUCCUCCUCCUCCUUCUCCAUCACCACCUCCACCAUAUGUUUACAAGUCUCCACCACCACCAUCUCCAUCACCACCUCCUCCAUAUGUCUACAAGUCUCCUCCUCCUCCUUCUCCCUCUCCACCUCCUCCCUAUCUCUAUAAGUCUCCACCACCUCCAUCCCCAUCACCACCACCACCAUAUAUGUACAAGUCUCCUCCUCCUCCUUCUCCAUCACCACCUCCUCCAUAUAUUUAUAAGUCACCACCACCUCCAUCUCCAUCACCACCUCCUCCAUAUGUAUACAAGUCUCCUCCUCCUCCUUCUCCCUCUCCACCUCCUCCCUAUCUCUAUAAGUCUCCACCCCCACCAUCACCUUCACCACCUCCACCAUAUGUUUACAAGUCCCCUCCUCCACCAUCGCCUUCGCCACCACCUCCAUACGUGUACAAGUCUCCUCCACCACCAUCUCCAUCACCACCUCCUCCUUAUGUGUACAAGUCGCCUCCACCACCAUCUCCAUCACCACCUCCACCAUAUGUUUACAAGUCUCCUCCCCCACCAUCUCCUUCACCGCCUCCACCCUAUGUCUAUAAGUCUCCACCGCCACCAUCUCCUUCACCUCCACCGCCAUAUGUUUACAAGUCACCACCUCCACCUUCUCCAUCACCUCCUCCACCAUAUAUCUACAAGUCUCCACCACCACCUUCACCUUCACCUCCUCCUCCUUACAUUUACAAAUCUUCACCACCUCCACCAAAGCAAGCCUAUCUCUACACUUCACCUCCGCCUCCCAAGUAUUAAGCUUGCAUGAAAAGUGCUUUAAUUUGAAUUCUUUCAAUAAUAUUAUGUUCAACAUUAUUAUGGUUUCUCUACGUAUUUAUUUUAAGCGGUCAUUAAUAAAAGGUUCUACGCCAUAUAAGGCAAGUAGAAACCUAGUCAUUAUUAUAUAUGAAUGUAUCUUUAUUUUUCAAUUGAUUAUCAUAUUUUCAUGAAA